AAUGUAUGGAAGAAAGAAAAUUGAAAUUGCGAAAAAAGCAACAGCAAAAAUGAAUUCGGUCGAGAUGUUUGGGGAAAUGAACGAGAGGAAUUGAGCAAGUGGAAGUCAAUAGGAGAGUGAGAGAGCGAUAACGGACGUGUAUCGUGUGAAAGAAAAUCGCGGAAAUUCUCACCUUUCCUUUUUGUGCAUCUGCUGGUAGAAAAAGUGAAGAAAAACAAACAAUAUCACAAAAAGAACUGAAAAAAUAAUCGUAAACAUUUUAAAAUAUUACAAAUAAACUGAUUGUUUAAAAAUUCGACAGCAUGACGGGGGGAAUCUUGUGAUGAGUAAACAACGAACAGUGCGCAGUGGAGGCGAAAGAACAUAUGAAAACGUGUAAUAGAGGAAAAGUGGGAUAUGAAAAUGAAAAUCAAUAAUCGAUAUGCAACUAAAUUUUUUUAGCUUACGAUUGGUUUUGGGAAGUGCGUAAAUUAAUGAAUGUAAAACUUGAACUUUGACGUCGAUGGCUUGGGCUUAGAAAAACAGAAAUAAAAAUGAAUAAAUGAAAAUUUUAAUGCAGAAAUUAAUGCCAACUGAAAGCAGUGAGAACAGAAAUGUUUGGAUCUUCAUCGAGGUUUAUGGAUUUUUGCGUCUCCUUAAUGAAUAUGUAAAUGACCGACAGCCUUCUUGCUGAACGCAACAAAGACAAAUAAUUUUUGCCUAGAAAAGGGUCAAGGGAAGAAAGAGAACUGAAAAUAUACAUAAAUUAAAGUAACAAAUUUAGGAACCUGUAAAAGUAAUAAUAACGACUACCAGCAAGCACUUAAAAUCAUAUUGCAUAUUAAAAAAAAAUUUUAAAAACGACGGCAGAACAACAAGGCACGAAAACAAGUAGUUGCAGGAACACGAAAGUGGGUGUGGAAAGCAAACAAAAGCAGUGCCAGCGGUGGCAAAACGUAACAUUUUUCUUUUGGUCAAGUACCAUUCAAAGCGGAUAUACGACUUGAACAACCUUAAUACGUCGAACGUCUUGAUAGUUCAUUGUUUCUGUGGUAGCAAAAGCUGCAUUUAAGUGAUAAAGUGCAGCGGUGCUAGUGCCUCUGCCAACUACAAGAAUACAGAAAAUAUGACGUUUGAUACACGCGGACGCCAGACCGGUGGAGGUGGAGGUGGCGGUGGUACCGGUAACGACAAUUCCAAUGUCGGCACGAACAAUACAAACAGCAACUUAAACAGUAAUAGCAGCACCUCACUUGGAUCUACUGGUAGUGUCAGUGGUAUCGGCGGCGGUGGAGGUGGCAAUAGCGGUAGCGUAGAACAACCGCCACCUGCUUCAGUGAAUACAGACGCAACUCCACAGGGUACUGAGGGAAGCGUCACUUCGUCGGCAGUGGACAACAUAACACCAGAAAAGUUAAUAUCAUCGUUCCCAACGUUGAAAUUGCGUUCUCUAACGCAGAAGAUCUCGAAUCCACGCUGGGUGGUACCAGUGUUGCCUGAACAGGAGUUGGAAGUGUUGCUAAAUGCAGCUAUUGCACUAACUGCAGCAGGUGUCGAUCAUGAUUGUGAACCAUGCGUAGAAUUUUAUCGCAACGCUCUAACCACGUCGUUUUCGAAGAUCCUCACCGACGAGGCAGUAAAUUCGUGGAAAUAUAAUAUCCAUCAUUGCAUUUUAUUGUCUUGCGGCAAAUUAUUGCAUUUAAUUGCCAUACAUAUGUCGCGCGAUAAUCCUUAUCUGUUGGAUUUGCUUGCCAUGGUAUUUGAUCCGGAAAAUAAGUUCAACACAUUUAAUGCUGCCCGUCAACCGGCUUGUUUUGCACCUCCGGAAUCGCUCUGGGGUGUCUUGGACGGCAACAAGAUGUUUGCUAAACCCCCGCCAGAGCCUAAAAAUCCUCGAGGCUGGCUAGUUGAUUUGAUCAAUCGUUUCGGUCAGUUGAGUGGUUUUGACAAUCUAUUGGAGCGGUUUAAUUGCGGUUUGCAACUGCUAAAAAAGAACCAAGAGAAUAGCGGCGUCGAGUCGUCGGGUUCUGGCUUAGAUUUGAGAAGCAAGACAAGCAAGUCAUCUCAAGUGUCCGAUGAUAAUCAGGAUAACAAAUUAACACUAGCGCUGAUCUUCAGUCUACUGCGACCAUUCGGCCAAUGUUAUGAGCUGUUGACACCUGCUACCAUCGCUAAGUACUUCAUGCCGAUUUGGAAUGUUGUAUUGGAUUUGUUGGAUAGUUUCUCCGAUGAUGAAUUGAAGCGUGAAGCGAAACCGGAGGGACGCAACGACUACAUUAACGGCAUUGUAAAGUCGGCACGUUUAUUGGCGAGUCGUUUGCCCGGGCAAGAGGAUUUGAUUCGCGAUCUGGAAAUGUUUCGACUAAAAAUGAUAUUGCGUUUGCUGCAAGUUUCAAGCUUCAACGGAAAAAUGAAUGCACUCAAUGAAAUCAAUAAGGUGCUUAGCUCUGUGUCGUAUUAUUCGCAUCGUACGCAGCAAUUGCAACAUUGCUUGCCGGAUGAUGAAAUGGACUGGUUGACGGCAGAACGCAUGGCGAAUUGGAUCAAAGACUCUGAUGUGUUGGGAAUCGUUCUCAAAGACUCAUUGCAUCAGCCCCAAUAUGUGGAAAAGCUUGAAAAGAUCAUACGCUUUUUGAUCAAAGAACAUGCCUUGACUCUGGAGGAUUUGGAUGCCGUAUGGCGUGCACAGGCUGGCAAGCAUGAGGCGAUUGUGAAGAAUGUCCAUGAUCUUUUGGCAAAAUUGGCUUGGGAUUUUACCCCCGAACAGCUGGAUCACCUCUUCGAAUCGUUUCAGGCCAGCAUGACAACCGCCAAUAAGCGGCAGCGCGAACGCCUGCUAGAACUGAUACGACGGCUCGCUGAGGACGAUAAAAACGGUGUAAUGGCACAAAAAGUUUUGAAACUUUUCUGGACGCUCGCACACAGCCAAGAAAUACCGCCAGAAGUAUUAGAUCAAGCCUUAGCGGCCCAUGUAAAGAUCUUGGACUACAGUUGCUCGCAGGAGCGUGAUGCACAAAAGAUUGUGUGGUUGGAUAAAUGCGUACAGGAGUUGAAAACUGGCGACAAUUGGGUGCUGCCAGCCUUGCGGUUGAUACGUGAAAUCUGUUGUCUUUAUGAUUCGUCGCCCAGUCAUGCGCCGCGCACGCAACAAACACUUAAUCGUCAACAAGUGAUAGAAAGAUUGCAAAAUGACUACACUUUGGUUAUACUUGUAACGAAUAGCUUAACCACAUACAUGGAUAAAAUUCGUACGAUGAUUGCUGAGAUGCCGAACGUCGAACCGAAUGCAUUAUGCAUCGAUGGACGUUAUCCACACAAUAUGCAAAUACAAGAGCGAUUGGAUUUUCUCAAAUUCCUGCUGAAGGAUGGCCAGUUGUGGUUGUGUGCCGAACAAGCUAAGCAAAUUUGGCACUGUUUGGCCGUAAAUGCCGUAUUUCCAUCUGAUCGCGAAGAAUGUUUUCGAUGGUUUGGCAAAUUGAUGGGAGAAGAACCGGAUUUGGAUCCAGGCAUAAAUAAAGACUUUUUCGAAAAUAAUAUUUUGCAAUUGGACCCCCAAUUGUUGACGGAAAGUGGCAUCAAAUGCUUCGAACGCUUCUUCAAGGCCGUCAACUCGAAGGAGGAUAAACUUAAAGCAAUUCACCGUGGCUACAUACUUGACAAUGAGGACCUCAUCGGUAAGGACUAUCUGUGGCGAGUGAUCACCACUGGCGGUGAGGAAAUCGCCAAUAAGGCUAUUGAUCUUCUAAAAGAGGUUUCAACAGCACUUGGGCCACGCCUACAGGAGAGCAUUUGUGACUUUCAUGAAAUGUUUAUUGCUGAAUGUUGCGAACGAUUGCGCACUCAUUACAGUAACAUAAUCAUUUUGGGUAAGACAAUUGGCGGCAACAGUUCAAAUGAUCCUAGUCAAGCCGAUGCUGAUUCGAAAGACAUAAAGGAUCGCUUCAUUGAGGCUGAGAAGAUGUGCCGUAUUAUAAAAGUAUUGCAAGAGUAUAUAAAAGAAUGUGAUCGUUCGUUUAAUGGUGAUCGCUAUCUAUUGCCAUUAAGUCGCGUGACUCGCGGCAAAAAUACUAGUCUCUAUAUACGCUUUCAAAAUCCCGGUCGACCCAUUGAUGACAUUGAAGUGACAACACACAGUAACGAAACGGUGGCCUCGUUCAAGCGCAAUCUACUGAAACGCAUCAAAGGCAACUCGCCAGCAAAUAUAAAGGUUGAUUUAUUCUACAAUAAUGGCGAACUGAUUGAGAUUACCGAUGAGAUCAAUCCCCUCUACCAGUACACUAUACGCGACAAAAUGAUUCUCACAGCAAAACUGACACCAAUUGGCCCGGGCCUGGCUAGUAGCCCAGAUUCAUCGAGCGAUUCGAGUACCGGUUCACCGCCACGACCCUGCCCCGACAUGCAGCGCGUCGAGUCAGAAAGCACGCUGCCCGGUGUGAUUAUCGCCCAGAAUUACAAGUAUACUGAGUUUUUCCUAAAGCUCUAUCAACUGGGCAGCGAUCUUGAUCAUGGGCGUUUGCGUGAGAGCGCAAAAUUGCUGCUGCAUUUGCUGCCGUGCGAUUGGCACACAAUAAAGAUGCUGCAGACGAUGUGCCGCGUGCAGGGACAGAUGCAGAGCGGUGGUGGUGGUGGUGGCAGUGCAGCUGUGAGUGUGGGAGUUGGUUCUGGUAGCAGCGCUGUACAAAGUGGCGCCAAAGACGAAGAGGCUGAUGUUGUUGGCGUUGGCUCCGGCAGCGUGGUUAGCAGUGGUGUUGUUAGCGGCAGCACUGGAGUGCAAAACACAACAACAUUUGAUAGUGAUCAACUAAAUCCACAAGAAUGCACGCCAGAAAUGUUAUUCUUGCAUGGUACUCCCGCGCAAGUAUUGUACAACUUGGGUGUUUUGAAUGGCCUACUCAUACCCGCAUUGGAUCCUUACGGCGAGGCGGCACUGCAAGUGCAAUCUGCUUGGCUGCACUCGGGUUGCGCGCAUUUCAUUUUGGAGUUACUAACCAAAAAUAAUUUCCUACCCAAUGCUGAUAUGCACACCAAACGUGCUGCGUUUCAUUGUGUGUUGCGUCUGGCCAGGUUGUUCCUCUACACUGUUGGCUAUGUGCUAUCACGUGUCGGCGACGAGCCAAUGCUUCGUGACUUUGAUGUUGGCGCACGCUCACAAGUCGAAAUACUUAAGCAAAUACUGAGCUCAAUACCGAAUAAUUCGGAGAGCACCAUGCGCGCUAUUUCCACGAAGUUAGCUGAAAUUUUAGCUGCGGAAAUGCUUUCGGCCAGUGCCGAAGGCGAACGCUGUCGCAUCCUAUUUAGUUCGACGUUGCAAUGGUCCUCUCCGGACAUUACGACUAUUAAGGCAGUCAUACAAUUGGCUUGGUCGUCAUCCUGUGGCAAUCUGCAGGCGCUUGGUAAUAAGAAUGACUUCGCUAACGACAUCACAAUGCCGGAUGCACAAGAUUUCGCAAUGUGCAAAGAGGCUUUAGAAGUGCUAACCAUUUCAUUGGUGCUUAAUCCGAGUGCUAACGAGGCGUUGAGUAACGAUCCCAUUUGGCCGAAAUUCAUUACAUCGCUUAUACUAAAGAAUCCAUCGCGCCAUGUGCGUCAAAUAGCAGCUGACCAGCUGUUUCUUUCGUGCACCUAUUGCGCCGGCGACCGACGUCCAUUCGCUUACAUGGUAAAUCUGCUCGUAAAUUCAUUGAAGGUACUGGUGCCGCAAUACGAGGCCACAUGCGCUGACUUCUUUCAACUGUUGUGCCGCACACUCUCGUACGGAAGCGUAUGUAAUUGGCCGCUCAACAUCGGCGAUGGUCUGCUGACUGAGGAGAUCAAUUGGUUGCAAAAGAUACGCGAGAAUGUUUUAGUCACCGGCGAUAUACAGGUGCAUGAAGAUUUGUUGGAGGGACAUCUGUGCUUGGCCAAAGAGUUGAUGUUUUUCUUGUCGCCCGAAACCAAAGCGCAACUUACCGAUCUGAUAGAUGAGGUUAUUGAUAUCUUUCUGUUCCCAUCAUCACGAGAGUAUCUCCACUUGCGAAAGUUCAAUAAGCUGAGGAACCCAACCUCGCCACCACCCGUCUGUCGCAGUCCGCACACCAUAGCAGCGGCUUGUGAUUUGUUGAUAGCACUUUGUCAGAAUUCUGUUCCUAACAUGAAGCUGCUAACUAAUACGCUUAUAGAUUUCGUAUGCACAGAUACGGAGCCGUUACGCGAAUGGGACUUCUUACCGCCAGUUGGGCCGCGACCGAUAAAAGGAUUUUGUGGUUUGAAAAAUGCCGGUGCCACGUGUUACAUGAAUUCGGUGCUGCAACAAUUAUAUAUGGUGCCAUCCAUACGCGUCGGCAUACUGAAAGCUGAUGGCGCUGCUACAAUUGAGAAUGAGGAUUUUAGUGGUGAGUCUGAUGUGGCCAGUAUUAAUAGUGCGUUAUUCUCCAGUCCUGGUAGCGGUGAAGACAAUAGCAGCACUGAUGUGCGAAAAAACUAUCAUGUGGUGAUAUUGAAGUAUGUGCAGGCGAUAUUUGCCCAUUUGGGUCACAGUGCACUGCAAUACUAUGUGCCGCGUGGCCUUUGGGCGUACUUCAAAUUACAAGGCGAACCCGUGAAUUUACGUGAGCAACAAGAUGCUGUUGAAUUUUUCAUGUCACUAUUCGAAAGCCUGGAUGAAGGUCUCAAGGCUUUAGGUCAUACUCAACUAAUGAAUGCCACUUUGGGUGGUUCAUUUAGCGAUCAAAAGAUUUGCCAAGAAUGUCCGCAUCGAUAUUCCAAGGAGGAGCCAUUCAGUGUGUUCAGCGUGGAUAUUCGAAAUCAUAGCUCACUAACCGAAUCGUUGGAGCAGUAUGUAAAGGGUGAACUUCUAGAGGGAGCUGAUGCAUACCAUUGUGAUAAAUGUGAUAAAAAAGUAGUUACAGUUAAGCGGUUGUGUGUAAGAAAACUACCGCCUGUGUUAGCCAUUCAAUUAAAACGUUUCGAAUACGAUUACGAGCGCGUUUGCGCUAUUAAAUUUAACGAUUACUUUGAGUUCCCACGUGUACUCGAUAUGGAACCAUAUACAGUAUCUGGCUUAGCCAAACUGGAGGGUGAAGUCGUCGAGGUGGGCGAUAAUUGCCAAUCAAAUGGCGAAACUACCAAAUAUGAGUUAACUGGCAUUGUGGUACAUAGCGGACAGGCCUCCGGUGGCCAUUACUUUAGUUACAUACUUUCUAAGAAUCCCUCCACUGGUAAGGAGCAAUGGUAUAAAUUCGACGAUGGUGAGGUGAGCGAAUGCAAAAUGCACGAGGAUGAAGAGUUGAAAGCACAAUGCUUUGGCGGUGAUUACAUGGGCGAGAUUUAUGAUAAUAAUUUGAAGCGCAUGCAAUACAGACGUCAAAAGCGAUGGUGGAAUGCAUAUAUGCUGUUCUAUACACGUUACGAUCAAAAGCCUGUACAAUUUGAACCUUGUGUGGAGCAAUUGUCAUUGGCAGAAAGUCGCAAUUUCGUAUUGCCGCUGCCAAAGCCGAUCGAGCGCAGUGUACGCCAUCAAAAUAUACGAUUUUUACACUCAAAGAGCAUAUUCUCUGUGGAAUUCUUCAAUUUCAUUAAGAAAUUAGUUAGCUGCAGUAUUCCUUCAACACGUCCCGAUAAAAUGACACCAGCUGCUGAAGAACUUUCAUUGUUGGGUGUGCAAUUAGCAUCGCAAUUCUUAUUCCACACAGGUUUUAGAACGAAAAAAUCGCUGCGUGGACCUGUUAUAGAAUGGUAUGAUACACUAUCACAUCACAUUCGCUUCUCCUCAUUGGUGCGCAAAUGGUUUGCAAAUAAUGCGCUUCUCAAUCCUGCGUCUCGUCUCGGCGAAUAUAUCUUAAUGGCUCCAUCACCGGAGGUACGCACUGUAUUUGUAAAGUUGGUAGUUUUCUUCUGCCACUUUGCUAUAGCCGACGAGCCGCUGGCUGGCUACGAAGGCAGCAAUCUGUGUGAACAGAUUUUGAUUAGCGUAUUGGAACUGCUGAAGUGUGAGGCUGUCGACUAUGGCAAGCAUUUGCCACACUACUUCAGUUUAUUCAGCAUGUACGUGGGCUUGGGUAUACCAGAAAAGCAGCAGUUGUUGAAGUUGAAUGUGCCCUUUAUAUUCAUGCAAGUCGCUUUGGAUGAAGGUCCUGGUCCAUCGAUAAAAUACCAGUAUCCCGAACUGAGCAAGUUGCAUCAGGUCGUUUCGCAUUUAAUACGUUGCAGCGAUAUCUCUGACAAGUGCCAGAAUUCGAAUCAAAAUGCACAACCUCUUGAGAAUCCAUACAAAGAUCCAAAUAUAAGGCGCGAGGAGCUCAUGCCAUUAUCGCCAGAAUGUGCGGACAUACUCUUUAAUCGUACUGGUUACAUUAAGAAGCUAAUAGAGGACACAGCUGUUGGUGAGGAAGGUAUCAAGCUACUACAGUACUGCAGCUGGGAAAAUCCACAUUUCUCACGUGCCGUACUAACAGAACUGCUGUGGCAAUGCGGUUUCGCUUAUUGCCACGAUAUGCGCCAUCACACCGAACUGUUGCUGCAUAUAUUACUAAUCGAGGAUUCGUGGCAACAUCAUCGCAUACAUAAUGCGCUCAACGGUGUAGCGGAGGAGCGCGAAGGCUUGCUGGAGACGAUACAGCGCACAAAGACACAUUAUCAAAAGCGCGCAUACCAAAUAAUCAAAUGCCUUACACAACUAUUCCACAAAUCACAGGUGGCCCUACAGAUGCUGAACUCGAACGCCAGUAUCGCACGGCACUGGACCAUGGCAGUGGAAUGGUUGCAAGAUGAAUUGGAACGGCAACGUAGUUGUCAAUACAAUUCAUAUUCGUGGUCACCACCCGCACAGAGCAAUGACAACACAAAUGGCUACAUGCUCGAACGUUCACAAUCUGCCAAGAAUACAUGGUCCAUGGCGUAUGAAUUAUGCCCUGAAGAGGAACAAGAAGAGACCAACGAGUCGGAUAUCGAGCCAACCGAUGAGACGCAACGACAGCAACAACAAAUUACACAAACCCUGCAGACACCCGCCGUGGGUGAUGCGCUUACAAGUGAUACAGUACCGGCAAGUCCAGCACACAAACCGUUUAUUGUGGGCAUGGCUCCGGGUUGCACCAUUGACUGGUCUGCUGCGAAUACAUUUUCGGUUGAUAGUCAAACAGCAACAACUACGACCACUUCUACCACAAGCAGUGGAAGUGGUGUUGGCGUCGGCGUCGGCGUCGGCAUUGGUGUUGGCGGCGGAACUAGCAGUAGUGUUGUGACAGCUGUAAAUAGCACUGAACCACAGCAAGCCGCAACAGAUGCGAAUAUAAAUGGCUUGACGGCGAACGUGAAGCAGCUGGCACUCUCUCCAAAAACGUCCACCAGCGGCGGCAUUGGUGAGACGACAAUGACUUCAAUGACGACGAUGAUGACUGGCCAAGACAUCGAAAACUCAAAGCAAGCAGUGCUGACAACACAGCAGCAACUCCAACAGCAGCAGCAGACAAUGGCAAUAAUAUCGCCGGCACUUAUGCAACACCAACAACCAGCAGUAGCAGUAGUGACGUUAGCAUUAACAACAACAACAACAACAACAACAUCAACCACAACGAUUUCAAUCAGUUUGCCUGUAAAUACAAUAAUUGCAACAGCUACAACCACAACGCCAGCAACAGUAACACCAACAGCAACAACACUAAUAAACACCCUCACAGCGGUAGCAGCAUCAACGACAGCCAACAAAUUGGAAAGUAGCGAUAAAAUGACAACAAAAACAACACUCAACUCAGAACAACAGCGCAUAACGUAGAUGAAGUUUAAAAAAAAUGAAUAAAGAAACAAUGAAAAUAUAAAAAUAAACAAGAAAAUGAAAGCAAAAGAGAGAAAACAUUUACGUAAGACGUGCGUUCUUUCAACAUUUAUGAAGCAAAUACACACCCCUACAUGUAUACAAACAUACAUGCAUAUAAAAUAUAUAGAGGAGCAAAGAAGCGGCAGUGCGAAUGGCAACACAAACAAAGAUGCAAAUAUUAUUAAUUUAAUUUAUUCAUUAUGAUAAUAAUAAUACAAGAAAAUAUUGCAAAUAACAAAAUCAAGCGAAAAGCGAAAUGAAGGCUGGCAGGCAGCAAGUAAGCAAAGCGAUAGAAAGAAAAGAUGCAAGCGGUAUGCCGCCCGCUGUGCGUUUGACAGCCUGGGUGGUGCAAGCUGGACGAGUAUCGCAAAGGAGGUAGAGGAACUUGGCGGCAGCAAUAUGCGCUGAUUCGUGAGCCCACUUAGUUCAUUCAACGUGCUAAAGCGCCUAAAAGCAGAUUUCAUACAUAAUGCAAUGGAACUCACUAUGGCGUGCACACAACUAAGUGCUCAGCGUGUGCUCGGCUUUUAAGUGCAUUGCACUUAGCUGUGGUGUGUAAUAAAAGUCGGCGAAGGCUUUGGAUGGCUCUGCAGAGACCGGCAACAGCCAUGCACUGCAUACUAAAUAUAUUUAAAUAUGGUUUUCAAACGAACUAAAUGAAAAAAAAAUUAAUACAUUCAAGCCCACAAAGAAAAGCACAUGCAUAAAAGUGCAUAAUACAUGCACAUACAUACAUACAUACAUGUAUGAAUGUUUGUUAUGCAGCGCAGAGUGGAAGGAAGGAAGGAACAUGAGAAGAGGCGGUAAAAGAAAGAAGUCUAAGCUAAGUUAUAAGUCCAAAUUAGUUUACUGAUGGAUGAUAGUGAUAAGCAUGAUGAGCUAAAUAUGCAAUUGAAUCACUUAUGCAUUAAACAUUAAUAUAAAAAAAAA